CCACCGCGCCCAUCAGGAUCCAGGGAAACAAUACACGAGAAAAAAAGCAGGGAAACAGAGAAGAAAGAAAAAGGGAUUUCUUGGACUCGCUAAAGCUGAUAGAAAAUCCAUAUUUACUAGUGAUUCCGCUUCUUCCUUCUAUUCCCAUUCCGCAACUGCCAUCACCAGUGACUGAAGCAUCUGAAAAAAACCGCAACCAUGUCCUCAACAGCAGUCUCAACAGGCACCGCCUCCGCCCCCUCCGCCACCUCAUCAACAGUCUGCACCGCAAGCCUCUACGACACCCCCGAACACGACCGCGUCUGCGCAAUGCCCUACGGCGGAAACCACACAGACAUCAUGUCCGCCUGCUGCAACGACGCCGACGUGGUAUCCUACUACGCAAACUGCGGCCUCUACUGCCUCGCCCUAGACCAAUCCGUCAAAGACCUCCAAGACUGCCUCUUCGAGCAGGGAGCAGGCUACACCGACGUCUUCUGCCGCGACAACGGCAACGUGAACGCCUCCGCCACGGCGACGGGCAACGUCGACCCGCCCGCUUCGGCGCAGGCUAGCGUCGUUGCCUCUGGUGGAUCGGGCUCCGGAGGUUCCUCUUCGGCGAGCGGGAGCGGGAGCAGUUCGAGCUCGACUUCGUCGGCGAACGCGGCGGCGGCGGGUGUGCGUGUCCCUGCUGGGGUGAACACGUUUGGGCUGACAAUUGGCGCCCUGCUUCUCUCUGCUGCGACUUUCGGCGCUCUUCAGAUUUAAGGAAAAGGGCAGAAAUUCUAGCAACGGGAAACAAGGGUCAUGGAAACAGGGCCAUGGAAAUUAACAUGGCUGGGCUAUGAGUUCCUGGACAUGAGGAGACAAACGGCCGAUCGACACAAUGAAAUCACACCACGACGUUCUCAACGUCACAAUACUCGGUAAACACAGCAAUGCCGAAGACAGUUAGUUAAGCAAAUAAUAGCAGAUCAUGGAGAAAAGCACGCGAUAUCCCUCCAGCGUGCAAAGAGGAUGAUGUAUUUAUUUAGUAUGUAUGCCAAUCAAUUCACAACAAGAAUUCCAUAAAAUAAGAA